AUGAAAAAUUUGGCAUCCUUUUUAUUUGAAAAAAUAACAAUUCCAGAUAUAAAUACUUUUAUAAUUUUAGAUAUAAUAAUAAAAAUAAUAAAAAGUAGAAAAAAUAAAAAGGAGAAAAUAAAGAAAGUCUUAUACUUAACAAAUAAAACUCUAACAGAUAUAUUCCCUCCUGACUUCAAUUUUAUUUUGAAUUUUCUAAAUUCAUCUCUUGAAUAUAAUAGGAAGUGGAAUAUACAGAAAAUAAAAGGUUACAAAAAUUUAAAUAAUGAAGAAAAUAAAAAUUAUUUUAAUUUUAAAAGUAAUUCUAAAAUAGAUAUAGAAGAGUUAAAGAGUAUAUUAAGAAAUAUACACAUAAAAUAUAUUCAUGAAGAAACACAUUUAAUGAAACUUUUGUAUAAGUUAAAUGAACAUAAAAAAUAUAAUUUAAUAAUUAUUAAUUUAGCUUUUUUUUUUGUUAAAGAUAAAAAAAAAAUUCAAAUACUUCUUGAAAAUAUAUCUUCCGAAUAUAAAAUAAAGAAAAAUACAAAUAUAAGUUUGAAUAAUACUAAUGACUACAUAAUUAUGAAUAAAAAUCAUUCAGAUACGCAAAUUGAAAAUGAAAUAUGUGAUAAUAUAUUUUUCAAGAAUGUUUUAAAUAUUCAUUUUCAUUAUUCUUUUUUUAUUAAUUUUUUUGAAUAUUUAAAUAAUUUAGAUGAUUUUUCUUUUAUUUUUAAUUCUAUAGAAAAAAAGGAAAAAAAAGAGAAAUCAAAUAACACAUCACAAAAAAAAUUAUUAGAAGAAGAUAUAAUUCAUUAUGAAGAAGAACUGAAAAAUAAAAGAAAAACUAAAAGAAGAAAAAUAAAUUAUUCUAAAAAAAUUUCUGAAACAACACAAAAUAAAAAUAUACUUGAUGAAGAAACUUUUGAUAAAAAAAUAAAAUUUAAAAAUAUGGACAAAAAUGAAUAUAAUGAUAGUAUAUAUAAUAUAAAUUAUUAUCACAAAAAUUAUAUCAAUUCAUUAAAUAGUAAAUAUCAUCCUUCUAUAAAGGAUAAUGGUAAUAUUUCAAAUUAUAAUUGCGAAAAUUCUUUAAAACACAAUUUUGACAAUUAUUUAAAAUUUAAUUCUGAUAUUUCCCUACAAGAUGGUUCUAACAAUUCUUUAAAAAAUAAUUCUAAUAAUUCCUUAAAACAAAAGAAAAAAUUGAAAAAUAAUUUAUAUAUCUAUGAUAUUAUUCCUAAUUCAGAAGUAUAUAAAAAAAUGUACUUUAAUAUAUUAUCAAUGAACUUUAAUUAUACAUAUUUAAUUUCCUGUAAUUUUUCUUAG